AACUCUGUUGAAGACGCAUCUUUGAAUGAUUAAAUAUUGUGACGUGCAGCUGAGCCAUGUGGUCAGUGUAAAUAUAAACAUUAACAGUAGUGGAAGAAAACUGUUUUCGAAGAAGGACGAAAAUGCCAACAAUCGGUAUCAAACGCGACUGGCUCUUCGAAGCUCUUGGAGAGAAAUACACGGAUGAACAGUUUAGUGAUUUGUGUUUUGAAUUUGGCUUGGAACUUGAUGAAGUGACCACAGAGAAGCAGAUGCAGGCAAAGGAACAAGGAUUGGAGCAUAUUGAAACAGCAGCAUCAGAAGAUGUAAUUUAUAGGAUUGACAUACCAGCCAAUCGGUAUGAUCUCCUUUGUUUAGAGGGCCUUGUCACAGGACUUCUUGUUUUUCUAGGAAGAAAGCCAUUGCCGAGGUAUAGAGCAGUGAAACCAGAAGGAUCCAGUGUUCAGAAGAUUAUCAUAAAACCUGAUACAGGACUGAUACGGCCUUACGUAGUUGCUGCUGUACUAAGAAAUGUAACUUUCAAUAAAAACAGAUAUGAAAGCUUUAUUGACCUACAAGACAAACUUCAUCAAAACAUAUGUAGGAAACGUUCCUUGGUGGCAAUUGGUACUCAUGAUCUAGAUUCUGUUGAAGGUCCAUUCAUUUAUGAUGCUAGGCCACCAGCAGACAUCAAAUUCAAGCCUCUUAAUCAGACCAAAGAAUAUACUGGUCAUGAAAUAAUGGAACUUUAUUCAAAUCAUGCACAGCUGAAACAAUAUUUGCCCAUAAUCAGAGAUAGUCCAGUAUAUCCAGUUAUUUAUGACAGCAAAGGCAUCGUUUUAUCUUUGCCUCCUAUAAUUAAUGGAGAUCACUCAAAAAUAACACUUAAUACAAAGAAUGUGUUUAUAGAGUGCACUGCUACAGAUUUGACAAAGGCAAAAGUCGUUUUGGACACCCUUGUCUGUAUGUUCAGUGCAUAUUGUGAUGACCAAUAUGUAGUAGAAUCUUGUGAAGUUGAACAACCAGAUGGUGUUACCAAUUUGUACCCUGCUCUGGUCUACCGUGAAGAAGUUAUUGAAGUUGCAAAAGCCAAUGACUAUAUCGGUGUGUGUCAGUCACCUAAAGACAUGGCCAAACUUCUGUCAAAGAUGUGCCUUGAAACAGAUGUAAUUUCUGAUGGCAAACAGCUGAAAGUCCGAGUUCCUCCAACAAGACAUGAUGUCAUUCAUGCUUGUGAUGUGUAUGAAGAUGUAGCAAUUGCACAUGGAUAUAACAAUAUUGAAAGAACUCUACCAAAAACAUCCACUAUUGCACAGGAGUUUCCACUGAAUAAACUCUCGGACCAAUUAAGGGAAAACGUUGCACAGGCUGGAUUCACAGAAGCUCUCACAUUUUCUCUGUGUGCUCGAGAUGAUGUAUCAUCAAAACUUGGACUAGAUUUGAAGAAUGUUCGAGCAGUACACAUUUCAAAUCCGAAGACCUUGGAGUUCCAAGUGGCCAGAACCACCCUCAUUUCUGGAUUGCUGAAGACACUUGCUGCAAAUAAAAAAAUGCCUCUCCCUAUGAAGCUGUUUGAGGUGUCUGACGUAGUGCUGAAAGAUGAAACCUCUGAGGUAGGUGCUAGAAACGAAAGGCGGCUUUGUGCUGUAUACUCCAAUAAAAAUUCAGGAUUCGAAAUAAUUCACGGUCUUUUGGACCGGGUAAUGCAGUUAUUAGAAGUACCUUGGGAUUUGCAUAAAUCUGGAGUGGGAUAUCAUCUGAAAGCAGCUGAUGAUCCUUCAUUUUUCCCAAAGAGAUGUGCUCAGGUAAUUGUCAAUGGAAACAUCAUUGGAAAACUGGGCAUCUUACAUCCUGAUGUAACAACGAAAUUUGAAUUGACACUACCUGUAUCAUGUCUAGAGAUGAAUGUAGAACCAUUUUUAUGACAGCAAAGAUAGUCCAGUAAGAUCACUGCAAUUUUACAGUGUGAUUCCUUACAGCAUGUUAUCUGAUAAGUGAUAUACAUUAUUCUGUUAUUUAUAUUUGGUAAAUAAAAGAGUCCAGAUACUUUUAA